AUGGAGUAUGAGCCCGUGGGCGUGCUGAGCACGGAGGUGGAGCGGCUCAAGGAGGGCAUACUAGCGCAGCUCCAGGCGCUGCGGUGGCAAGUGGUGGACUUCACCGUCAGCGAUGCCCUCCGGGCGGUGUCCGACGCCGGCGGAGUUGUCGAGCUGCGGCUGCAGGUCUCCUCCGACGUGUGGCGCGAGAAGACGAACGAAGCCGGGCGCGAGGAACAAAGAGCAACAGCGAAAGCGGAAGAGGAGGAAAGAGCGAAAAGAGAGGAGGCGGAGCGGGUGGAGCGACAGAAGCAGGAACAGCAGCGCAUAGCGGAAGCGGAAGAGCGGCAGAGGACGCUCGAUAAGGAGGAGAAUGAGGAGAAGAUGAAAGAAGCAGAGCUUUCCGCCAUUUCGAUCGAGGAGGAACUGCGGCUGCGACGCGAAUGGGAGGCGGUGAAGGAGAAGGCGCGCCGGAAGGUGUUCGACGAGGUGCGGAGAGAGCAGGACCAGCGCAUGCUCUUCGCCCUCAAUCUCAGGGAGAGCUUCGGGUUGAAGAAAACGAGUGAGCCGCGUCACAGGGAGGACUACUCGCUGCCCUUUGAAAUGCCGACCUACGCCGACGACCCGUUCCCUGUGGGCACCAUCGCGCCGGCACUGCCCACAAUCGCGGCUUCUUCUUCUUCUUCUCCCUUCGGUUCGCCGCGCAUUGCCGCUGAGGCCGUCGACACUUUGCCCCUGGCGCGAGGGGCCGGCCAGUUGCAGCAGCAGCACGGGGCUACGAGCGUGCGAGCCAUCGCGCUGCACGCACGCAAGCCCGCGCGCAACUGGCAGGCCGAGCUUCGGCCGGGCCUCGUUUUCGUCAUCGACGCCCGGCUCGGCAAUGAGGUCGGCCCGACGACCACGACCGCGGAUUCGGGGCUCGCGGAGGAGUGGUGGAUCGGCCGCAAGUUCGGCGAUGAGUCCGGCCCGCGACGAGCCGUGCCGGCGGGACUGGUGCACGUCCUGCACGGCGACGCUCGGCUGCUGCGUCAGCAGUCGCUCAGCGAUCUGCUGCAACAGGAAGGAAUCGACGCGGACAGGGAGGUGAUGCUGCCGAACGCCGCUCCGGCCCAGCAGGACGCGAGGCAUGUGCUGCCCCGACCGGCGGCGGCGGUCGUUCCUGCGGGAGCGGCGAGCGAGAGUGGCGAGGAGCAGAAUCGAAAGAACGAAGCGGCGGAGGCGCUGAAGAGGGAGAGCGAAAGAGAAGCGGAAAGAGAGAAGGCGAGACUGCUCGCGCGGGAGGAGCAAGAGAGAAAGGCGAGAGAAGCUGCGGAGGAGCUGCGAAAGCGACAGGCGGAAGAGGAGGCGAGGAGAAAGAGGCAGGCAGAGAGAGAAGGCGUCCAUUCGAUGCCACCGGCCGACCACAAGGAUAGCGCUGACAAGAGUCGUACGGCCAUCACCGCGGGAGCCUACAACAUGAUGCCCGUACCCGUGAUGUCGAGCGAAAUCGAGGCAGCGAUUAAGGAGAGAGGGCGGCGCAAGUCUGCGAAUCUGGGCGCGGAUGUCAUCGCGGAUAAGCCCGAAGCCAGCAGGCAGAGGGAGAUGGAACGUGAUCGCCGACGAUCGGCCACCGCGGCCGUGCUAAUGCAACAGCAGCAGCACCAACCGCUGCCCCAGACGGCGAGCGAGGGGCAGCUUCGCCCGCCUCCUCCCUCGCGCACGUCGCGUCGCUCGCUCGACCCCUCCGCCGCGCCUCUCACCGCCCCACCGGAAGCCGAGGGCGGCUCUGCCCCUCCGCCGCUGCCGCCUCUUCCGUCGGCCCUCCCGCCGCCGGCCUCCGCCGCGGCCCUCGCACGAGACAAGCGCCUCUCCCUGCCGGCCCACGUGCUGCUCAAGCGCAACGAGGAGGCCAUCGCCGCCGCGGCAGCCGCGGCCGGCCCACCGCCCGCCCUGCCACCGAUGCCCUCCGGCGGCAUCGGCCUCUCCUCGGGGCAGCAGACCGUCAGCGCCAGCGCACUCCCGACCAAUCCACGCACCAGGGCGGUGCCGCCGGCGUCGUCGGCCUCGAGCGAUGCCCUCUCGACGCGCGGGGAUCAGCGCAAGAGCUGGGCUGCCGAUGACGCAAGCGCGGGGCCGCUGGCAUCGUCUGCGUCGUCGGUGCCCACCGCCGCUGCAUCGCUGGCCAAGCGGGAGGCGCUCGGGAUCGAGCGACAGCGUUCGGCCACGGUGCUGGGUACUGCGGCAGCGGCCGCGGCGGCGCCACAGCGCACCACUUCGUCGAGCGCGCUGCUGCGAGCGCAGACACUGCGACCGUCGAAGAGCAGCAGCGGCGGCAGCAGCAAGGACAAGCUGGACAAGGAGGAGAAGAAGAAGGACAAGGAGGAGAAGAAAAAGAAGAAGGACGAGGAGAAGGAGAAGAAGCGAAAGGAGAAGGAGAAGAAGAAGGAAGACAAGAAAAAGAAAAAGGGCUAA